AUGGCAUCAGCAAAGUCGGUCAAGACCGAGACGGAGCCGUUGAUCAAGUCCGCGAGCGGAAACCCGCCUUCGUACUCGGCGAUAGUCAGGUCGCAGCAGCGCCCGACUGUGACAUCAGAAAAGGGCCCACUGCCCGAGCACGGCUUUGCGACUUUCCUGCGCAUCGACGGCGAGGACCAUGGCGACCUUGUGCCGCUGCACGAGGUAACGGCGUGGGACAUGCAUUUCAUGUCUCCGCUCUUCCACUCGAUGCUGACCGUCAACGACCCAUGCGACGGCCGCGACUUUGGCGGCAACGAACGCAACUACCUCGCGUGGCUGCGUCUGGCGGCGGGGUUCACGUCGACUUCGUACGCGUUCAUCUUGAACUACUACAUCCCGCCCGGCAGCUCGAUCUUUGGACCGGACAAGACGCCGAUCGAGCCGACGCUGCAGAACCGCGGGGCGCUGGGGUGGGGGCUUGUGUUUUUGGUGUGCUCGAUCGGCACGAUCUUGUACGCGUUCCAGUGCUAUUUGGUGCAUAAUUUGCACUUUGGACGGCGGAGACUGCUCGUGCAAUUCAGCUGGGAUAUUUUGAUGUUUUUCGGAUUGACUUGUCUCGCGACUGUUGCGGCGUCGUUUUAUAUGAUGGCGGGUGGGUUGAUUGAACGGCAGCGGAUACAGUUUUGGUAG